AGAGAGAGAGGAGGAAGCAGGCUCCCCGCUGAGCAGAGAGCCCGAUGCGGGACUCGAUCCCAGGACUCUGAGAUCAUGACCUGAGCCGAAGGCAGCGGCUUAACCCACUGAGCCACCCAGGUGCCCUGUUUCUGCAGAUAUUACCAAGCCUUGUGGACAUGCUCAAAGUCCUCUGGUUGGCGACAUGGUGGGUGACAAGGGCCCCCCACACCACGUGGCAACUUUUCCAUUCACAUAGGACAUAGAGCUUCUCUGAGGUCCCUCACCUCACUUUCACCUCUCCAUGAAGGGGUUGGACAUCAGCAUAUAAUAUGUCUUAGAAGGCUUAGCACAGUGAUGUAGAAGCUUCUCUUCGGUACCAGGGGUUUGUGCUCCUUAUUUGCCCCACCAGAGCGUUCCCAUUUUUAUGGAACCUGUGAUAACCAGAAUGUUAAGAACGUCGACUGUUGUCCCCAUUUUCCUUUUAAGCAACUCCUUUCCAGCUCUGAGCACUGCUGGCCUGGCCUACUGAGGGUAUGCAGCCAAACUGUAGGAACUGGCAAGGUGCUGUUCUUUGGCCCCAACGAUGUUGAGCAUAGACCCGCCGCAGUUUAAGCGUGCGCUUGGCCUGAGUGCUGUCCAUGACCUCCGCAUGCCAAAUUCUCGUGGUGUGGGGCUUUUGGGGCUUCUGGGCUAACGUGGAGGUUGCUCUUGGAUGCCACAAAGCCUUGAAAGACUGGCGUCCCCCUCUCCAUCCUGAGGGCAGUAAAUCAUCCUUACUAGUUGCGGGAGGGAGUCCCCAACUGUCAGCAUCGAUCAGGAUGAGGGGAAAGGACUUCAACAGUACCUAACUUCGCGAGACGUGACCAAGGAUAGCACUGACAGUCACGCCAUCUACCUGGCCCAGAAAAGGGCCGCGCUAACGUGGACCAGCUGCUCACCUUGAGGGCUGGGUUUCUGGGAACCACAGCUGCGGCCCACCCCGCCCUUUUUUGUCUCAGCGCCACUUCCGGAUCCGCCCCCAAGGCGGAAGUGGAAUCUGGGCCACUCCUCUAGGUCAGGGGGAGGGUUUUGGGUUCGCUGCUCAACUGUUGAGAGGCUCGCUUUCCUUCGUGCAUGGACCGCGCGUGUGAGGAGAAGCCCGCCGAGGAUGGGAGCGAGGAGGAGGACCCCGACUCAACCGAAGCCCCGGUCCGCAUCCGAGACACCCCGGAAGACAUCGUGCUGGAAGCACCGGCCAGUGGGCUGGCGUUCCAUCCGGCCCGCGACCUCCUGGCGGCGGGGGAUGUGGACGGGGACGUGUUCGUCUUUUCCUACUCUUGCCAAGAGGGAGAAACGAAGGAGCUCUGGUCUUCAGGUCACCACCUCAAAUCCUGCCGAGCUGUGGUCUUCUCUGAAAAUGGACAGAAACUUGUCACUGUCUCCAAGGACAAAGCCAUCCACGUUCUAGAUGUGGAGCAGGGCCGACUGGAAAGACGCAUUUCUAAGGCUCAUGGUGCCCCCAUCAACAGCCUGCUGCUAGUAGAUGAGAAUGUCCUGGCCACUGGGGAUGACACAGGUGGCAUCCGGCUCUGGGACCAGCGGAAGGAGGGCCCCUUAAUGGAUAUGCGGCAGCAUGAGGAGUAUAUUGCUGACAUGGCUCUGGACCCAGCCAAGAAGCUGCUGCUUACAGCCAGUGGGGAUGGCUGCCUGGGUGUCUUCAACAUCAGGCGACGCCGGUUUGAACUACUCUCAGAGCCUCAGUCUGGAGACCUGACCUCCGUCACGGUCAUGAAAUAUGGGAAGAAGGUGGCCUGUGGCUCCAGCGAAGGCACCAUCUACCUCUUCAACUGGAAUGGCUUUGGGGCCACAAGUGAUCGGUUUGCCCUAAGAGCGGAGUCUGUUGACUGCAUGAUUCCAGUCACUGAGAGCCUGCUGUGCACUGGUUCCACUGAUGGAGUCAUCAGGGCUGUCAAUAUCCUGCCAAAUCGCGUGGUGGGCAGCGUGGGGCAGCAUGCUGGGGAGCCUGUGGAGAAGCUGGCCCUCUCCCACUGUGGCCACUUCCUGGCCAGCAGUGGUCACGACCAGCGCCUCAAGUUCUGGAACAUGGCCCAGCUGCGGACUGUGGUAGUCGAUGACUACCGCCGGCGCAAGAAAAAGGGAGGGCCACUGCGGGGUCUGAGCAGCAAGGCUUGGAGCACAGAUGACUUCUUUGCAGGCCUGAGGGAAGAGGAAGACGACUCCACAGCUCAGAAGGAAGAGAAAGAGAGUGAGAAUGAUAGUGAUUGAGGCGGAUAGGUCCUCACUGAGCAAGUGUUGCUCCCUGGGCUGGGUACGCAGAGAUGCUAUGAACUUUUACUACUCUUGUGCAGUACACAAAGCUGUGUAGCCAGAGGCUCAGGACUGAGGGCACUGGUGGGAGAAAGUCCUUGUUCUGUGGCAGCUGCUCACUCUGCCGGUGUAAGACAAGCCCAGAGCUGGGGCAAGAUAGCACGGACCACAGGUGUACACCAACCAGGGGUUUAAUAUAAAUACAACAGCAUAGAAAAACCCAAAAUCACAUACACUGUAACCAGAAUGUCAAGUAGUGGGGACAAAAGGCAGAUUUUCUGACCCUCUGGCUCAGCCAGCCUCCAAAUAAAAUCAACAAAGAUGACAAAUCAA